AUGUUGCGGUUGGCCGCAAAAGAGUCUAUAAAAUGUCGAAUUGGUGCUGUACGUGAAGCAUCAUCAUCAGCGGCGGAAGGCGCGCAAAAAUCUGCAGGAUUCGGCAAGAAAUUGUUUGCUCUAACUGCUGUUGGUGCUGGAGCGGUUGGCGGAACAGUUGGCUACGCUUACGUUGAUCCAUCAUUUAGAAAGCAGGUGGAAGAUGCUGUGCCACAAUCCAAACAGCUUUUUGAGGCUACAAUUGGGCCUGCAUCGUGAGUUUUUGAUGUUUUUGUCUUGCUUUAGGUUCUGAAGUGUGUAGAUAAUAAUAUAAAACUAUGGUUUGUUUAGAAGAAACGCCUUGGAGAACACUCCAAUUAUUGAAAAGUUAAGUCAUGGAAUAUCUGACGUUAAACAUAAGGUUUCUGAUGUGGCUCAUCGUGUUGUGCCAGAGAAGAAAGAGGCCUUACCUCCAUCUAAACCUAAACCAGAAAUUGUACCUGUCGAUGUUCAUAAGCCGGUCGUAACUUUCCCCGCUAAGAAAGUGACUUCAGAAGAAGCUGCUCAAGCUCUCAAAGGUAAAGAAUUUUAUUUGUUUGAAGUUUAGGUAUUAACACAAACUGUAAUUUUUGGCUGGAAGUUGGUAUCUUGUUCAGUAUUAGCUAGUAUAUACAGCUCAAAAUCAAAUUUAUAAUUAAAAUAACUUUUAGAAGUAGAAAGAAAGAUCAUUGCCCAGCUGGAGAAGACUCAACAAGUUGUUCAAGAAGCUACUCAAGCUAAAAUUCAAACAAUUGAAGCUGUUUCUGAGCAUGCGAAAAGUAUUAAGGAUGCUGUUGAUGCUGGACCAAAGGCUAACUGGGACAAAGUCAGAGAGGCUUUGGCUAAUUCUGAGCAGCUUGCUAGCAAGGAUAUUGAACUAGAAUCAAAAGGUCGUCAUGCUUUAGAUGCUUUAAAGAAGGUAAGCCUGAUUUUUUGUUUAAAUUUUUAUAUUAUCAUAGAUCAUGUUGAUAUUUUGAAAAUAUUUUUUGUCAUUUUUGGCUACUGCUGUUUAAGAGAAUGAUAGAAAAUUGAGUUAAGAUUAUAAUCUCACAAGCUACACCUAACAUUUAGGUGAUUGCAAGCAGCAAACACGAAGAAUCUUCAUCAGCUGCACCAAUCUUGGUUAACGCUAGGAAUUCGGCCGAAAAGUUUGCCUAUCAACUCGACGAGCUAAACCAGAUGAUUCAAACUCAACGAAAUGAGAGCAAGGUCUUCAACCAAUACAAGGAUUUGAUCAACCAAAGCCGUGAACGUUUUGCCGAAGAGAUCAAGGCCGUCGUUCCGAAUGUGGACAUUCACGCCAAGGAGAAGAAGUUGAACGAGGAGGAGUUGAAUGCCUUGAUUGCUCAUGCUCAUUUGAGGGUUGAUCAGUUGAGGAGACAGUUGGCUGAACAGCAGGUAAGAAAUUAUUUUAAAAUUAGUUAACCUACGAUUGAUCUGAUUAUAAAGUUAAUUUUUUUUCGACUACACGGUUUUGUUUAUUGACUAAAAUCACUUUUAGUUGUUGGAAGAGAAAAACAUUGCCAAAGCGUUGGAAGAACAACGCAAGUCCGAUGCCAACUUGUCCAGAGCUCAAUUGGACCUAGAGUUGACUAGGGUAAAAGAGAUUGGCAAUGUGGAGCUGGAGAGAAAGUUGAGGGAUGAACGAGGAAACUGGGAGAAAGAGCUUGAGGAAAGGCUUCAACGGGCUGCGGCUGCUCACGCCGACAACUUGGAACAGGUCGUGCGGACUCAAAAACAACUUCACGACAUUGAGAAUGCUCAGGCUGUUGAUGUGAGUGGUUUUUAAUUUUUGUUUGAAAUUUAUGGUCAUUUAUUAAAAUUUUAAGGUUUUUUUGGGAUUUUUAUGUCAUUUUUUAACGCUUUUUAAAAUUUUAGGUUUUUUUGAAAAAAAAAUUUAAAAAUUUACAAAUUUAUUGAAGGCUAAAGCUUUUAUUCUCAAUCUGCUUUAUUUAAAUUCUCUAAAUUUCCAGGAAGCAGUAGAAAAGGAACGUCAUCUCCAUCAAAAACAAGUCGAGUUGGCAUUGGAAAAGUUGAGAGGUAUCGAAACAGCUUUGAGUAGUCGUGUAGCGUUGGACGCUGAAAACAGAAAGGCCAAACAGUUUUGGUUAGCUUGCCAAAACCUACACGAAUCGAUUGAAUUUGGUCAAAAAGCUGGCGAAACUGUAGAACAACGAAGAAAACCGUUGGAAAAGGAGGUAAGGUGACUUACAAGGGAGGUUGGCAGUGAUUUAUAAGGUGCGAAGGGGUUUGAAAUGUUGUUUAUGGGCAACAAAUUUGCAAUACCUUUCUUUACAAAACGUAAAACGGCAAGAACUUUCUUUACAAAACAUAUAUUAGCAAAAACUUUCUUUACAAAACGAAAAAUGGCUAAAACUUUCUGUACAACGUAAAAAAACCUGAAAUAAGGUAAAUUUGGGCUUGUUUUGUUGUUUUUAAAAUGAUUUUUUGAAUAAUAAUGAUGAAUUUUUAGUUGGCAGUGAUUGGAAAGGCGUGUGAGAACGAUGAGUUUGUUAAGACAUUGCUCACAACGUUUCCAACUGCUAGUCUUAAAACAGGAGUGUACACAGAAGCUGAUCUUAAACUUAGGUUUAAGCAGGUAAGUUAGCUUUUUUAAUUUCAUAUUGGACAGGAAAUAACAUUUUUAACUGUAAUUUUUUAAUUUUUGUAACCAUUUGCACUGUGCAGCUUAAAAGUUUUGUUAAACUACACCGUGCACUUUAAAAAAUCUUGGAGAAUAUGCACAGUGCAAUGAAUUUUUAAUAAUUUUUUAUAUUUUUUCAAAAUUUAAUUUCAAAAUUCAUAACAUUUUUUAGGUAUACAAAAUUGGCUUCCGAGUAGCAACAGUGGACGUGAACGGCGGAUCCCUAUCCAAGUACUUGUCCUCUUGGAUCCAAUCCCUAUUCAUUGUCGACUUCCCUCGCCGCUUCUCACCAGAAGACCCCCUUGACCUAAAAACCCUGGACAACCGAGAACUACUGGUCAGAGUAAAGUAUUUCGUGGAGAAGAACGACUUCCUCACUGCCAUCAAAGUGGCCCAACUUCUCGAUGGACCAGCCGCAGGCAUCGCACGCGACUGGAUUAAAGACACUCGUCAACACUUGGAAGUCAAAUUCCUAGCGGAUCUUCUCCUCUCACAUGCUGCCGUGAGCAGCAUCAGAUCCGUUUAUUAG